GAUUUCGUCGGUUACCUAUCAGAGAUCUUUCUGUAUCACCUAUGCACACUGCAUAUAACUAUUAUCACUGCUAUCGAAUUCUGCUCUUAGUUCUCCGUCCUUGGACGAGUACGGACGUAUUUUUAGAUUUAAUUUUACCAAUUUGUGGCCGUAUAACGUAUAUUUGUCAGUGACACAAUUCAUAAACGAAGAAGUAGAAUACUGCUUUUACACGACAGAAGCAGAACGCGCUCCCGUUUUGACGUGUGCGUAUCGAAAAUUCGGACAAUUGUUUCAAUCGAUCGUGAAUAAUGUGUUGUUAAUCAGUUUUUAAUAAUAUCACGUGAAAUAGAUAUUACACAAUGUCGGACAACACGAUAUCUAAUAUUGAAGUGACAGAGAAGAAAAAAAUUCAACAACGAGAUUCGAUUGCGAUCGAAGAUGUGUCAGAUACGAAAAUCACGGAUUUUGAAACAGCGAUUACCGCUACUGGAACCGGGAAAUUUCAGUAUCUUCUUAUUAUCGGGAUUAUCCCGAUUUCGUGGGGAUCUAGUAUAGAUACAUCUAAUAUGUCGAUGAUACUUGCGUCGGCGGAGUGCGAUUUAGGAUUAACAUUAUUUGACAAAGGGCUUUUAAAUGCUAUUGUCUACGUGGGUAUGGUGUUAAGUGGUUUUAUAUGGGGAUACCUUGCUGACGUUAAAGGAAGAAAAAAGGUUAUAUUAUACGGCUAUAUGGCGGAUGGUAUCUGUAGUAUACUCGCAGGUUUCUCCCAGAAUUAUGAGACGCUUGUGUUUUUCAAAUUUCUCAGUGGCGCUCUUGUAAGUGGACCGCAUGCCACUCUUGUGGCAUAUUGCUCGGAAUUUUAUGGCGCUAAAGAUAGAGCGAAAAUUCCGCUUCUUGUGGGCUUCUCAGUUUCGUUCGGAUGUAUAGUUAAUGCAGCAUUGGCCUGGCUAGUGAUUCCUCAGCCAUGGUCAAUUGUUUUUUGGGACGGUGCCUUUGUGUACAAUUCUUGGAGAAUGUAUCUAUCUAUUUGUGGACUACCAACGCUAAUAGGCACCAUUUGUCUCUGUUUCUUUCCGGAGAGUCCCAAGUUUUUAAUGUCACAAGAUCGUAAUAAAGAUGCACUUGAGGUCUUUAAAAAAAUCUACCAUAUAAACACUGGUCAGCCUAAAGAUAAUUAUCCUAUACGUGCCUUGGGAGAUGUAAAUUUUAACAAUACUAUACAGCGAUCGCUUUCAUCGAAAUCUCAAAAUAAAACGAAACGCUUAAAAGACGGAAUUCAGCAGAUGAAGCCUAUGUUCUUGAAUCCAAAUCUGCCACGCAUCUUAUUAUUUGUUACUAUACAAUUCUGCGGAAUGUUAUGUUUAAACACCCUUCGUCUCUGGCAACCACAACUCUUUGCAACAUUAGAGAAUUUUAAGAAUCUUGAUACUAACAUUACUAAUCCUACUUUUUGCGAAAUGCUGGAUAUUUCGACAUCUCUCGCAAAUAAAACUGCUCCAUUGAAAGAAAUGUCAAAUUGUGAGAAUAUUGUUGUAUCAGAUUCAGUAUACAUCGACACUAUUAUUGUAUCAGCUACUUCUAGUACUUGUAUAUUGUGUGCCAGCAUCUUCGUUAAUUAUCUUCAACAUAAAUAUCUUUCACUCGUCAGCUAUGGAUGCGCGCUUUUGUGUUCCAUAGCCUUAAUCUGGUCUACAAAUACAUUAACCACUCUUAUCCUUACGUGUUUGUAUAUUGGAUUAUUCAGCAAAGCUUUUAACAUUACGGUUGGUGCGAGUGUUUUGCUUUUUCCCACAACUUUAAGAGCCAUGGCAGUAAGCAUGCAAAUGAUAAUAGGAAGAAUAGGAGCCAUGCUCGGCAAUCUUAUCUUUCCAAUCUUACUUGAAUACAGCUGCAUAACACCGAUUAUUAGUCUGAUAUGUUUCAAUUUACUAUGCAUGCUUCUUAUGUGUUUCUUGCCGAGCACGCGCAAGCACGCGGUGUAAAGAUCGUUGCUUUGCUGAUUAUUACGAGAUCAAAGAGAGUAAUCGGAGGCAGAGGAUAUGACAAGGAGGCAUAAAGAAACGAGCGCAUCGACGGGCUCUGCUCAGAUUUCGCACUCUAUUCUACGGUCACUUCUUUAAUAACGUUUCCGAGCAUCUACGAUCGUCGAGCAGAGCCUCCAAGGACCUAGAUCGAAGCUUAUCGUGAACCAUGAUCGAGCCCGUAUGAGGGCGGACAAUGGUCAUGCAUAUACAUGCAUAUACACAACGAAAGACUACACGAGGCCUUGAGUUUCACUUUCGACACAUCCUGGAGAGCCCUCCAGCCUUCACCCACAUGCUCGUUCUUCUCUAUCCCGCCUCUCCUCGUAUGGACGCAGCUUUAUCGCUCAGAUCUCAGGACCUCGUCAUCUCCGUAUAUUGCCAUCGUCGAGCAGUGUAAUCAAAAAUAUAUCGCGACAUACGUAAAUCUUCAUCCAAGAAGAUAAUCGGGAGAAACGUGCGAAUAAGGUAUGAAUUAAAAUACGUUAACAUGCCAAUUGUUAAUUAAUAACUCUGCGGCAGUGUUUUCAUUAUUUUUAGACAUAUAAAUGUGUGAAUAUUAUCUAAAAGAAACUGUGCCUUGCGCAAUUGUAUAACUCUAUUUUCUGGUAUUUAACUUACAUUAUAUAUACACAUAAUCACAUAAUAGAAUAGGUGAUUUUCAAGAAUUAUCAUAAUAAAUUAGCGUUUAUAGGAUUUGUGAAUUGCUCGCGUUUUUUUACUUGUAUGCGAUUGAAGAAAGAGAAAGCGUGAUGAGAAAUUGUGGUACAAUUUAUAAAAACUAUUAUUCUUAGGUAAAUAUAUGUAUACAAGUGGGAAUAUACGCGCUGCAGCUGUGUAUCUUUUUUAUUACA